AUGAGGGAUAAGCUACCUCUUUGUGCUGCUUCAACGGAGGAGAUGAUUGAGAUUGAAGGGGAAGUUAUAGGGAUGAAGAAGGCACUGGUUGCCGUCUCUCGCUGUCUUCAAGAUUCUCAACUAUUUGAUAUGACAAGAAUGACUGGCAGCAAAGCUGUUGAGGUGGUUCCUCAAGAAUAUUUCCCUGAAGCGCGGUUGGAUGUACUGUCACAACAUACCUCACUUCUAGCUGCCACACCAAAUAUCUCUACAUCUUGCAUUUUAGGAGGUCAUUCUUUGUCAUUGGAAUCUGAAAAGCCGCCCAACCAGGAAACAAGGGAAUUGGAAGAAGAAGUUUCUUUUAGAAUCCCUUGUUCAAGUGAUAGAGUUGGGGGUGUCAUUGGAAAGGGUGGCAACAUUAUCCAGGCUCUUCAAAAUGAGACAGGUGCUUCAGUAAUUAUUGGACCUACAGUGUCUGAUUGUGAUGAACGAUUAAUCACUGUUGCAGCAUCAGAGAAUCCAGAAUGUCGAUACUCUGCUGCACAGAAGGCGGCAGUCCUCGUUUUCACAAGAAUUGUGGAUGUUGGGAUUGAAAAGCGGCUGGAAGGCUCUCUUAACGGAUCCUCUAUCACAGCCAGGAUGGUAGUCUCAACAAACCGGGUUGGUUGUCUGUUGGGGAAAGGAGGGGUGAUAAUUUCAGAAAUGUGCAAGGUUACUAGUGCUAGCAUACGGGUAUUAGGACGUGGACAACAGUUGCCAAUGUGUGUUCCAAAGAGUGAUCAAGUCAUACAGAUUUCAGGAGAUUUGAUCAAGGUAAGAGAUGCAAUGUACCAUGUUACUGGCAGGCUCCGAGACAACCUGUUCUCGAGUUUACGGAGCACUUCUAUGACAAGGACUCCUAUAUCAACUGGAACCAAUGCCUGUGAAAGAGAGCAACUGAGGGAAUCUUUCAUAGAGCCAUUGAGGGAGCCACUUGGGGGUUCAUUCAGAGACCCAAUUAGGGAUCAUUCUAGAGACCGAUUAAGAGAUCAACUGACAGAUCCCAUUCCUCUUUCCUCACAGUUUUCAGUUGGCACUUCUCAUAGUUUAGGUCGACAUUCUAAUCUUGCACAGAGUUUGGAUCAUCUAGGUUUUUCUCAUGUUCAGGAUCGACCCCUGUCCCCAAAGACGUGGACGCCUGAGAUGAAAAUCGGGGAAAAUACAAGAGGCUUUGCUGAUGUUAGCAGAGGAUUAUCUUCCUUCAAAGGAGGCCUUCACCUGGCCAGUUCCAGCAAGUCUGCAAUUUUCACAAAUACAACUGUGGAGAUUGCGGUACCUGAAAGCAUUAUCGGCUGUGUGUAUGGUGAAAAUGGGAACAAUCUGGUUCGUUUGAGACAGAUCUCAGGUGCCAAGGUUAUAGUGCAUGAACCUCGUGUAGGAUCGAGUGACAUGAUUAUUGUUAUAUCUGGAACACCUGAUGAAACCCAGGCAGCACAAAGCCUUCUUCAAGCAUUUAUUCUCACUGGACAAACAUGA